AUGUGUUAUGCCAUCGUUCGUCUAGUACAGCAACGAUUAUGGUUAUUUUUUCCUAGUAUUGGAAUUGAGCAAUACGAAAUACCAAUAUUGUCUCCAUUGUUACAACAAUUUCUUCAGAAGUUAAAUCAAUGGCAGGAAUCAUUACGUCUUACACUAGAUGCAUUUAUUUCUCCACCCGAUAAUUAUUUACCAUUGAGUACAAUUGAUAUAACGAGUAAUGGUCCACCAAUCCAUCGUUAUCGUACGAUAUUAGAACAAGAUAAUACACCAUUUUCUGAGUCAUUGUCUGCAAUACCAGCUAAACGUUUAUGGAAUUGUCUAGUCAAUGAAGAAUAA